AUGAGCACAUCAGCCCGCAACGCUCAGCGCCUCCUCCGCUCUCCUUCUCGCGACUCCUCAGUCUCCUCACGACCCGAGACUAUCGUUUCUACUCAAAUCAACAAACACGGUCACCCUACGCUUCCCCCAAACAUCUUCAGGCUCGCCCACUCCCUCACGCUCUACCAGAACAUUCAAUCCACCAAGCACAAGAUCCAAGAACAAGGCUGGCUUGACGCGCUCGCCAUAGCCGUGGAAUGGCAUCCCCUGCCUCCGCCCGCACAAAUUGACACUAGCAUGCACACACAAUGGGAAACAAGUCGGCGCACACACCAGGACGCGCUAGAUACAUUGAUGCAAGGAGUAAAGGAAGCGCGCAUACAAGACGAGAUAAGGCGGGAGAUGUUGGUAGACAAGCCGGGACGGUAUCCGCACACACCGGAGCCGGAAGUUCGUGGACGCAGUCGACGAUUGAGGGAUGAUCGCGCGGUACGCCAUUUGGAUAGGAAGAAGCAAAGGUCGAGAUCGCCAGAUGGCUCACCACAUCGACGGGAGUACCGUACACGCUCUCCAUCCCAAAGGUCGAGGUCAUCGUUUUCUUCCAGUGAUGACUUUCAGCCCCGCUCGAGGCGACACCGCCGAAGCCGCCGCUCGCCUUCCAUUCACGCACCUUCCACAUCAACAGCAAUGAGUUCCCGGCAUGCCACCCGAUCCCAAGCCUUUCAGCAGCCAUUGUCAACGUUGAACCUUGAUUUCGCGUUGCGCAAUAAUCCGCUUACAUGGGUGCGCGACUAUUUCCGCCGGCUGACAGGGCAAGCAGGCGAGGAUCGCGAGGAGGAGGAGACGAUUGAAGUCAAGGUGACAUUGAGGGUGCACAGACGGAGCAGGACUAUCGGGCAAGGGGGAUGA